GUAGCCCCGAACAGUCGUGUUUCAAUAACUUGUUGUGAGAUAUGCAACAUAAAAGGAUAAACAGUCUUCAAUUUAUAACCUAAAAGACAAUCAAACUGUAAGAAUGUACCGGGUUGUGAUCUUUGUAUGUGCGCUUGCGUUAGUUCAGUCAGCUGUUGAUCCUAGCAGUAGAUACAAAUAUGAUUGCUUGGAAAAAGGCGGUGAAUGUGAUAAAAACAAAUUGGAUCUUGAUAUAGAAUUGUGCGGUGUAAAAAAAUGCAUUUACAAAUGUUGUCCAAAGGGACAAAUUAUAUCAAAUCCGCCGGAGUGUAAGCCGGUUGCAAAUGAUGAUUUCUCAAAUAUAACCGUCUACGAUUCUUACUUAAAUCCUAAAAAUAAAAAGUUUAAUGAUGUUUUUCACGUAAUUCCUAACAAAUUCAAGGAUAUUAAUUUUGUAAAUAAAGACAUUUAUUCAGCGAAAGACUUUGAGGAAGAUUUGUACUUGGAAGAGAGUGGUGUUCUAUACGUGGAUAUGGCAAAUCAAUAUGACAGAUGGGUAUCUAUAACCGACUUCUGUAUAGAUUACAUCGCAUCAGAAAAUGGCGAUACUCCCUCAGAACCACAGUUCUGGGUUACUUAUACCAGUCAUAAAGAGCGUCAGAGACCAACAACCAUACUUAUUGUAGCAUUAUUGGUAUCAUCAUUUUUCCUGUUGCUAACUCUGGGAGUGUAUCAUUGGAUCUUCUUCAAUAAAAUGACUCUCGUGAUCAAGAUCAGAGUAUGUUUGGUGUAUAGCUACAUUUCCCAUUUUAUAUCUGUGGUCACUAUCAUAAAUGUGUCAGUUCCAGAAAAAACGUGCAUCGUUAUAUCUUCUAUCGCAUAUUUUUCGAUUAUGGCCACAUGCUGUUGGUUAAAUGUCAUGUCUUACGAUACUUGGUUAACGUUUAGAGAUCUUUUGUCAAGAAAUUUAACGCCAUCCGAGAAGCGAAGGCGGGAUGCACAUAAAUACAAGAGAUAUGUUUGUUAUGGUUGGGGGUUACCAUUGUGUAUGGCUAGUGGUUUAAUUAUAAUAAACUCUUUGGAUUUGUCCAGUUUACCCUGGUUUAUUACACCGCAAAUACCACUGUGGGGGUGUUUUUUAGUUGGUGGCCAGCAAUUCGUAUACCAAUACAUUCCAAUGAUAGUGUUUAUAUUCGUAAACUGUUUGCUAUUUAUACUGACGGCUUUAAACAUAUCUUGUAUGGUGAUGGACACAAAGCCGUUGAGAGCUAACAGUGGACAACGACAGAAGGCGAGACUAUACAUUUGCCUUCGAUUAUCCGUAACAAUGGGAGUCAGUUGGAUUUGGGAAAUCAUCAGCUUUCUGGUACCAGCGGCUGAUGUUGUAGCAAUAUAUUUAGAUUUAUAUAACGGAUUCAUUGGAUUAUUAAUAUUUAUCAUAUUCGUUUGUAAUAAACACACGUGGUCUCUUGUUAAACACAGAGUCGAUGUGUUGCGUGGCCGUGUGACGGAAAAUCCAAAUUCGCAAAGCGACCCCAGAGUGGUUCCUAUGAAGAGAUUAGAUAACAAUUCUAGUACAAGUGGAUUUUAAAUAUUGAAAUUACCAAAAACAUUAAUAUGACUGAUUGAUAUUAAAUUAAAUGCGUGAAAUUUAUAAAAUUACUAGCUUCCGCCCGCGACUCCGUCCGCGCGGAUGUCGGUCUUCGCUUGGAUGGUUUAUUUCUCCAUUUUGAGUAACUCUGACAAUGACAUCUUAUAAAAUAUAUCUAUUGGACCCAAUACGGCUAGGCCCAUAAUAAUACGGUACGUAUAUUCGCGGUUCUACUGAACAACGUCUAUGGAUAAAACUGAAAAAUUAAGAUUAAUUUUUUUUCUUCGUAUUUUUCCAGGAUAAAAAGUAUCCUAUUUUACGCCCAGGAUAAUAAGGUAUAAUUAUACCAAGUUUCAUCCAAA